CUGCCUGGAGUUAAUCGGGCCGUUUAUGAACUCGCCAAGUAAUUACAAAGUAGAGCCUUGGAACUUACUUAAGAUAUCAUGUCGGUAUUAUAUAAGUGGUAAAAGUAAAAAUAAAUAACCAAACCAAGAUGUAAGAGAAUGUAAUACACCUACAUGGAAUCACCCAACCCUAAACCACCGUCCAAACUCAGUGAAUCAACCAAUUAGGGAGAGAUAGUAGCCAAAAUGGAGGCCGAGUGGGGCUUGGAUGACCCGUCCGCCUCCUUCGGUCGCCUGCCCUCCGUUCCCAAUGCUUCGAUGGACUUGGAGGCGGAUAACGAGGUGGCCAGCAACUGGUCCACAUUGGCCAACUUUACUCGACUCGUGGCUGCCUCCGCUCCGGACAUCGCCAACUUUACACUCAAAAUGCUGGACUUGAGUGUGGGCGUGGGUGCGGGUGCGGGCGUGGCAACGGAUGCGUUCAAUUUGAGUGCCAGCACCACGCCCCUGCCCGCCUACGCGAUCGCCAAUAGCUCCUCACUGGCACACACGAACAGCCUGCACGAAUCGCCUCCAAUGGCGGAACAGGUGCCCGAGCACGUGAUGGACCACGCCCCCCAGUUGUCCCGUUCCGGACUGCUCAAGGUGUAUGUCCUGGCGGUGAUGGCACUGUUCUCCCUGCUGGGCAACCUGCUGACCAUCUGGAACAUCUACAAGACCCGCAUUUCGAGGCGCAACUCCAGGCACACGUGGAGCGCCAUCUACUCGCUGAUGUUCCAUCUGUCGAUUGCCGACGUCCUGGUCACCUGGUUCUGCAUCAUCGGGGAGGCUGCCUGGUGCUACACGGUGCAGUGGCUGGCCAACGAGCUCACUUGCAAGCUGGUCAAGCUCUUCCAGAUGUUCAGCCUCUAUCUGAGCACCUAUGUCCUGGUGCUGAUCGGAGUGGAUCGGUGGAUAGCGGUCAAGUACCCCAUGAAGUCGCUCAACAUGGCCAAAAGGUGUCAUCGACUGCUCGGCGGAACUUACAUUCUGUCACUGGUGCUCAGCCUGCCACAGUUCUUCAUUUUCCACGUGGCUCGGGGUCCUUUUGUGGAGGAGUUCUACCAGUGCGUCACCCACGGAUUCUACACAGCCGACUGGCAGGAGCAGAUGUACGCCACUUUCACGCUUGUUUUCACCUUCCUGCUGCCGCUGUGCAUCCUGUUCGGCACCUACAUGUCAACCUUCCGGACCAUUUCAAGCAGUGAAAAAAUGUUCCAGGGAUCGAAGCUGGCCAACUAUUCGACGGCUAAGCUGCCCACGCAAACGAAUCGCCAGCGGCUGAUACACAAGGCCAAAAUGAAGUCGCUCCGGAUUUCAGUGGUGAUCAUCAUAGCCUUCCUCAUCUGCUGGACACCCUACUACGUCAUGAUGAUUAUGUUCAUGUUUCUCAAUCCAGACAAAAGGCUGGGCGACGAUCUGCAGGAUGCCAUCUUCUUCUUCGGCAUGUCCAACAGCCUGGUAAAUCCGCUCAUCUACGGAGCCUUCCACUUGUGUCCCGGCAAAGGAGGCAAGUCGAGUGGCGGCGGCGGCAACAACAACGCCUACAGCCUAAACAGGGGCGACUCGCAGCGCACUCCAUCCAUGCUGACGGCGGUGACGCAGGUGGAUGGCACAGGUGGCAGUUCCCGCCAGAUGAGGGCCUUCCGUCAGCAGAGCUACUACCGCAGUUCGCCCAACGGCACUGCUGGAUCCGGAGGCGGUGCUCCGUUCAAGGAGCAAGUGGGUCUGCUGCAUGUGGGUCCUGGCACGGGUUCUUCUGGCAAUGUGGGCUCCGUGUCCAGCAAUGCCACGCCGCAGCUGCUGAGGAAGGGUUCGGCACUCCUGGCCCGACAUCCCAGUUGUCUGCGGGAGCAGGAGCACCAGCAACGACUCCUGUUGCAGGACAAGCCCUCCACUCUGAUCCUCAAUUACGAUAGCCAGCGCGGAGGCGUGGGAGUGGGCGUGGCCAGCGGGCUGUUGGACAACAACGAGCGGGUAUCGAGCGUGUGAGAGCAGCUGGCGAUGGCGGCGGAUGCGGAUGCGGAUGCAAAUGCAAAUGCAGAUUUAAGGACGGAGGACGCCUGCUCCUGCUGCCAUUGCCUGAGCAGGGAGCUGGUGCGACGGCAGCUAGAACUCCAUGAGCUUCCAGUGCAGUGAGGCGACCGCCAGAGGAUUUGAUCCCCAGUGGCCUCCCAGUGGGGAGUGGAUUGCAGGCGAGAACCGAGGAAGAAGAGUGUAAAGGCCUCGAUGAUCAGAUCACCGGGGCGCGCAACUUGUGCUUAGUAAAUGCUAAUCGAGAGUUAAGUCUUUAAACACAAUGGGUGUGCUUAGGAGUAGCGUAGGAUUAGAGCUAGUCCGUAUGGAAAGGUUGCCCAAAAAUGGGAGAAACUCAGGUUACAACACCUUUUCCGAAUUCUCAGUUCAAUUUCUCAGUUUUCAAGCUAAUGCGCCAAAACAUUGUUUUAUUAAAAGUAAUAACCCCAAAUAUUUUGCAUUUAGUAUAUAUAAAUAUUGUUUUAGCAUAAUUCAUGACAUAUUUGAAGCAAAGUCCGAAAAUCUUUUUUGUUUGCUAAUUUAUCUAAUAUUAACCAAAUCACUAUUGAGCCCACAAAUCAGGUUGUGAAAAUAGGUUUAAAAUCGAAAAAAAAAUGGUUCGCUUUUCGCAGCAAGUUUGUUUUAAUGGAAGCUAAUAAAGUACAAUAAAAUAAAAAAAUACUAUAUAAUCAAUGUGCAAUCAAUCUGCAAUGAUCAUUUAAUUGGUUAAUUAAUAUAUGACUUCAAAUGAGUUUCCCCCAUUAGCAGGGCAACAUUGUAAAGUUAAUUAAAAACGUGUAUGUCCGUUAUUCCUUUUGUUUUCUCUUUUACGUUACGUUAAAAAUCAAUUGUCUAAUUGUGUAAAAAAAUAAAAAGCCAAACACAGGGUAAAAAUAAAAAUUGUAAAUAUACAACUGAAAUAUUUUUCAAACAAAUUGUGGCUACCACAAUUUAAAAUUAUAUUUGAAAUAAUGUCAUAACUGAUGUAAAAAAAAAGAUUGGAAUAAAAAUGAGUUCUUGUUCAAAAA